AUGAGGACCCGUCGAAACCUGAUCGAAUCACGGAAGGUUCGGCCUCCGGACGGCAUGGCGGCGCAAUGGGCGCUGGCGAUGAUGGCGAUGGCUGCCAUGAGCGCCGAUGCUUUCCUCCUCACACCUCAUCAUGCGAACUUUGCUCAGCACGGCAGAUCGCAGCUCCGCCGACAUUUUGCUGUCUCCUUCCUUACCAGAUGCCCCAUGAACCUUGCCAUGGGUGCGAACCGGUGGACUGGCGACCAGGUCUCGAAGGUGGAGGUGGCAGCUGGGGAGGAGGGAGAUGCCUCCAAGCUCCGUGUCAAGUUUCUUAAGGCGAUCAAGAAGCCGGCAGGAAGCAUCUCCAUCAUGGCAGCAAUCAAGAGGAAGAGCCCCGGAUCCGCCAAGAAGUUCUCGAUCCCCUCGAUCAUGGACUUCUCGCAAGCUCUGACCAACGCCAAGGUGAAUGCCAUCAGCGUUUGGGUGGAUGAGGAGAUGUAUGGCUGUACCCUCUCAGACCUCAAGAAGGCUGUUGUCGCCCAGCAGUCCUUCAAAGGAAACUUUCCAGGCCCAUGUCCUGUGCUGGCAUGUGGCUCUUUCACCAAGGAGGAGGACAUCACAAAGCUGUCUGCAGCAGGAGCAGCGGGAGUUCUGCUAUCUGUCGCCAACCUCCAGGAGAGGUUGAAUGGGAUGGUGGAGCUGUCGAAGAAGGAAGGCCUAGAGCCGGUCGUCUUAUGCUCCAGCCAAGAGGAGCUGCAAGCUGCUGAAUCAUCAGGGGCGUCCGUUUUGGCGGUGGACAGCAAGUUACUUGGCAUCGAGGAAGCUCUGAAGCUUGCAGAGCACAAGGGGAAGGCGGAAGUAGUCAUAGCCAUGGGCGGCGUGCAGGAGUUUCAGGACGCCUGGAGGCUGCGCGAUGCUGGUUUUGGAUGCGUCUCGGUCGGAGAAGAGCUGCUCACAGCCUCCUUCGGGCUGGAGGGAGAAGUUCGUCAGAUGGGAGGCAAAGAGGGACUCGGCGCUGCCGUGGUGAGAGGAGAUGUCAUCCGUGAGAACGACCUGAAGGCUUUUGUGAGGGGCAUGACGGCGAAGGCGAGCACCAAGUUCGGCCCUUCCUCCCUCAACUCGUUCCGCGAAGCUGGCGCGAAGUUCAAGCGGCACUAUACGGUUUGA